AUGGCUGCAGCCAUUCCCUCGGCCGCGCCGGCUUUGGGCUUGGCACUAGGACCUCGCCCCGGGUUCCGCCGGCUCGGUUCCGGAGCGCUGGCGCGGCGCGCGCCCAGCAGCCGUCGCGGGGCCGCGGUGGCCGUGGCGAUGGCGGCGAGGAGCAUGAGAGGACUGAUGCGCCGCAUCGCGGAUUGCAACGAUGGCCUUGCCUUGCUGCCGCAGACGAGGCCACUUCUGGUGGAGGGCCGAGCCGUGGGCAAAGUGCUCCCCAAGGCGGCCCAGUGCAUGGGGCAAUACGACGAGGUUUUCCGCGUGACGGACGAGGCGGUUGAGCUGAUUGCAGGCGACACGCUGGAGUCGCGAUCGCAGGCGGUGCAUGAUGUAGUGAAGCGGCUACGUGAUGAGGACAGAGUGCCGAUGCUCCGUGGCUGGAGGGAUGAGGACUGGCCGGUGAAGCCGUCCUUCCACGACGAGCCGGUCCUUGUCAUUGAGCGUUCCGCGGGGCCGCUGCUCGGCGUGCAGGGCUUCGGGUGCCAUAUUAAUGGCAUCGUGGAGGGUGAGGACAAUGUGCCCAUGCUUUGGGUGGCGAAGCGCGCUGAAACCAAACCUACCUACCCGGGCCUGCUAGACAACAUUGUGGCAGGAGGACUUUCUGAUGGAGAACUGCCUCGAGAGAAUGUGAUCCGCGAAUGCUGGGAGGAGGCGGGCGUGCCAAAGGCGCUGGCGGCUGAAGCGCGGCCGGCCAGCGUAGUGUCCUACUCCCAGGUGGAUGAGACAGGCUGGGGGGUGAAGCGGGACGUGCUCCUCUGCUACGACUUGGCGCUGCCGAAAAACUUCACGCCCUUCAGCAACGACGAGGAGGUGGACUCCUUUCAGCUCUGGAGUAUGGACAGAGUCCUGGAAUCUCUGGAGUCCGAGACGCGGCCAGAUUGGAAGCCCAACGUGGCUUUGGUAAUCAUCGACAUGCUGGUGCGAAGAGGCUUCCUGAAGCCCGAGGAGCCCGGUUAUGUGGAGCUGAUCCACGCUCUACGGGUGUGA